UUUUGUACUUGCAGAAAAUAUUUUUUAUUACUUGCCAAAAAAAUGUUUCCUUUACUUGCAAAAAAAAUUAAUUCAACCUGCAGAGUUUAUUUAUUGUUUACUUGUAAAUUGUUAUGAAUUGAGGAAAAAAUAGUUUUCUUUAUUCGCAAAUAGUUGGGCGUGAGUACAAAUAUUUCUGUGUGUUUUAGCAGUAAUUUCACUCCAUAUUAAAUGUUCACCAAUAGUUUUUUAAGUGAGUUUUGUUGCUGUGUUUUUGGAUUGCCAUAAGCUUUUGAUUGGGGGAAAAAGAGGCUGCCUGUACCCCAAAUUAUCAACACUUGGUUUUCCACCAGAGUCCAGAGGAAGACGACAGAGACAGAUGGAGGCGGUGACGUGGGUCUCCCUCCUCAUCCUCCAUUGUGCCUUCCUGGGUGGUGAUGUCAUCAGAGCCAUGCAUCCUUAUGAGGAGCAGUGCUGAGAGGCGGCACGUCAGGAGAAGUUAAGAGCAGUUUACAUUCUUCAUACUUAAGCAGACCGAGAGCCCAGGAAUGCACCACUUGCUGUUCCCUGGUCCUCUCGUUCACUUUUGAGUUCAUUCAAGCCAAUGAAUCCACCUUAAAAAAGUGGCCUCAGGGAUGGAGUCGACACCUGAAGAUGGAGGCGUUGUGUGCGUGACCAGCGAGGGACUUGCCGCCAUUGAGGAUGAGGAGGUUCUGAACAAAAUGCUGGACAAUGCUGACACUUUUGAAGAGCGAAGACUCAUCCGUGCUGCCUUGAGAGACCUGCUCAAGAAAAAGAGAGACAAGCGGGAGCUGGAGCGAGGGUCCCGGCAGCAGGACUUGAGGCAGGCCCUGGGCAAAAGAAGCGGAGGAGGAGGAGUUGCUGCUGGACCAGGAAGAGCAGCAAUGAAGUCCACCCCAAACUGCCCACCUGACGCCUCCGUUACAGCAGGAGGCAAGGCAGGUCCUGCUCAAGCCAGCUCCGCAGUCCCCAAUGCUAAGAAUGUCAAACAGAUGCUUCUGGACUGGUGCCGGGCCAAAACCGAACCAUAUGAGGGGGUUAGCAUCCGGAACUUCUCCUCCAGCUGGAAGGACGGCAUCGCGUUCUGCGCCUUGGUGCACCGCUUCUUCCCGGACGCCUUCGAGUACUCGGUCCUGAACCCGCACAAGCCCGGGGACAACUUCCAGCUGGCGUUCAGCACGGCAGAGAGGCUGGCGGGCUGCCCGCCGCUGCUGGACCCGGACGACCUGGUCCGGAUGGAGGAGCCCGACUGGAAGUGCGUGUACACGUACAUCCAGGAGUUCUACCGCUGCCUGGUGGAGAAAGGCCUGGUCAAAACCAAAAAGCGUGCGUAGGACGUCAAGGUGCCAGGUGACGAUCACACCGUUUUUUUACCGCCGUUAUUUGAAGGUAGACCAGGGGUGUCCAAACUUUUUCCACAGAGGGCCACACACGGAAAAAUUUAAGCAUGCGGGGGACAUUUUGAUAUUUUUCAUUUUCAAAGCAUGACAAAAUAUAUGGAUUUUUUUUUUUAAUCCUUAGGGCUCCUGGGGAGCAUAGGGGGUCUCAGUCACUAAAAUAUUAAAAAUAAGUCAAAUUAUUAUUAUUAUUUUUAUUUAAUGCUUACAGUACAUCUCUAUAUCAACUUGAGGUUGAUAUAAAGUAAAACAAAUUGGGUUUUAUGCCUUUUCUGUCAAAGACAACUUUGUUUUUUAUAGUAAAACUGAAAUAUGCAGUAUUUAGAUGGAUAGAGAGAUAGAUAGAAAGAUAGUACUUUAUUGAUUCCUUUAGGAGAGUUCCUUUAUUUAAUCAAUCAAUGUUUACUUAUGUAGCCCUAAAUUUAGCAAUUAAAGCCCUCAAAGAUCAAUAAUGCAGGACACCAUUGAUUUUAAUUAUUUAAUAUUUUUGAGUAAACACAGUGAAAAGUUAAACAAAAUCCUACUAAAUAUAUUUGAGAUCCGUGGUGCAUUUUUAUUAGUUUUUUUUAAAACUUUUAACACGUAAAUUUCAAGAUUAACUUCCGAUAAAUCUGUCAAUUUUAAGUUUGAACUAAUAUUUUAUUUGUUUUAUGCUCUUUUUCUCAAAACUUUGAUGUUUUUAUAUGGCAACCACACAACAAAUGCGAUAUUUUUUCCACAUAAAACAUUUUAAAGUGAUCAUUUUUAAGUAAUAAUUCAUGAUAAGGUGGCGACUUGUCCAGGAUGUACACCACCUUCCGCCAGAUUGUAGCUGUUAUAGGCGCCAGCGCCCCCCGCGACCCCAAAUAAGGGAAUAAGCGGUAGAAAAUGGAUGGAUGGAAAAAAGAUUUUUUUGGGCCCCAUGAAAAGAAUCUUUACAGGGCCCCCAACACAUAAUUUCAUCAUCAUUAGGGGCCUCCCUCCAUCAUUGGCCCCUAGAAUACAUCUCCUUCACCCCCCCCUUUUCGGCGCCCCUGCACCCUGGACAAGUCGCCACCUCAUCGCAGUGUCCUUUUUUUCUUUUUUUUUAGCAAUGGAAAAACAAGAAAAUAAAGACAAAAGGAAAAAAAAUGCCUGCAUGGCAGCUUAGUGUCAACAUUGCCACUUUUUCUCAUUAGAUUUCACCUCAUUCCACUUUUUUUAAAUGUUUUAUUUUGUAUUUUUGCAAUACUAUCAAUUUUGCAAAUUUCUGCAGAAUGUGUGUAAACGAUUAGCUGCGGGCCGCACUUUGGACACCCCUGAGGUAGACUGUCUCAGGUGACGUGGGUGUUGCUCAAAUGAAGGCGGAGUCGUGCUCUCAUCAGCACCAUUUUCAACCCAGAGACUCCCAACAUAAUAGCCGGAUGAGCUGCAUGUCUCUCCUUUGACCACUAGAUGGCACUAGAUGUGAUUUCACUAUGUGUGUUUAUUACUGUGCUGCAUCCAACUGGCUAGUUGUAAUAUGUUGGACAAGAUAUGACGUCCAACUGUAAUGACUAGUUGCUAUUCUAUAAACAGCGAGUGAAAACAUUUAAUACAAUUUCAUGAAUAUAAUAUAAAUAAUUCACUGUGUGCAUUUAUCAACCAUUUAUACGUCUUAAAUAUGUUGGUGUAGUGGGGGGGGGGGGAACCUGCAUGUGGCUCCUUGGAGCUUUCUCAAAAAAUGGAAAAAAAAUAUUUGUUGAUUUAUUCAAUCAAUCAAAGACAUCCUCGGCUCGGAUCCCACAUCAGGGCAAGGAAAAACUCAACCCACUGGGACAAUGAGAAACCUUGGAGGGGACCGCAGAUGUGGGGACCCCCCGAACCCCUUGGGCGACCAGUGCAAUGGACGUCGAGUGGAUCUAGCAUAAUAUUGUGAGAGUCCAGUCCAUAGUGGAUCCAACAUAAUAGUGUGAGUCCAGUCCAUAGUGGAUCUAACAUAAUAGUGCCAGUCCAGUCCAUAGUGGAUCUAACAUAAUAGUGUGAAAGUCCAGUCCAUGGUGGAUUUAACAUAAUAGUGUGAAAGUCCAGUCCAUAGUGGAUCUAACAUAAUAGUGUGAGUCCAGUCCAUAGUGGAUCUAACAUAAUAGUGUGAGAGUCCAGUCCAUAGUGGAUUUAGCAUAAUAGUGAGAGUCCAGUCCAUAGUGGAUCUAACAUAAUAGUGUGAGAGUCCAGUCCGUAGUGGAUCUAACUUAAUAGUGUGAGAGUCCAGUCCGUAGUGGAUCUAACUUAAUAGUGUGAGAGUCCAGUCUAUAGUGGAUCUAACAUAAUAGUGAGAGUCCAGUCCAUAGUGGAUCUAACAUAAUAGUGUGAAAGUCCAGUCCAUAGUGGAUCUAACAUAAUAGUGUGAGUCCAGUCCAUAGUGGAUCUAACAUAAUAGUGUGAGAGUCCAGUCCAUAGUGGAUUUAGCAUAAUAGUUAGAGUCCAGUCCAUAGUGGAUCUAACAUAAUAGUGAGAGUACAGUCCAUAGUGGAUGUAAUGUAAUAGUGUGAAAGUCCAGUCCGUAGUGGAUCUAACAUAAUAGUGUGAGUCCAGUCCAUAGUGGAUCUAACAUAAUAGUGUGAGUCCAGUCCAUAGUGGAUCUAACAUAAUAGUGUGAGUCCAGUCCAUAGUGGAUCUAACAUAAUAGUGUGAAAGUCCAGUCCAUAGUGGAUCUAACAUAAUAGUGUGAGAGUCCAGUCCAUAGUGGAUCGAACAUAAUAGUGAGAGUCCAGUCCAUAGUGGAUCUAACAUAAUAGUGAGAGUCCAGUCCAUAGUGGAUCUAACAUAAUAGUGAGAGUCCAGUCCAUAGUGGGUCUAACAUAAUAGUGAGAGUCCAGUCAAUAGUGGAUCUAACAUAAUAGUGUGAGAGUCCAGUCCGUAGUGGAUCUGACUUAAUAGUGUGAGUCCAGUCCAUAGUGGAUCUAACAUAAUAGUGAGAGUCCAGUCCAUAGUGGAUCCAACAUAAUAGUGUGAGUCCAGUCCAUAGUGGAUCUAACAUAAUAGUGAGAGUCCAGUCCAUAGUGGAUCUAACAUAAUAGUGAGAGUCCAGUCCAUAGUGGAUCUAACAUUAUAGUGUGAAAGUCCAGUACAUAGUGGAUCUAACAUAACAGUGAGAGUCCAGUCCAUAGUGGAUCUAACAUAACAGUGAGAGUCCAGUCCAUAGUGGAUCUAACAUAAUAGUGAGAGUCCAGUCCAUAGUGGAUUUAACAUAAUAGUGUGAAAGUCCAGUCCAUACUUGAUCCAACAUAAUAGUGUGAGAGCCCAGUCUUUAGUGGAUCCAACAUAAUAGUGUGAGAGUCCAGUCCUUAGUGGAUCCAACAUAAUAGUAAGAGUCCAGUCCAUAGUGGGGCCAGCAGUAGACCAUCCCGAGUGGAGAUGGGUCAGCAGCGCAGAGAUGUCCCCAACCGAUGCACAGGUGAGCGGUCCACCCCGGGUCCCGACUCUGGACAGCCAGCACUUCAUCCAUGGCCACCGGAGCAGAAAAGAAAAGAAACGGCAGAUCAACUAAUCGAAAAAGGGUUCUAUUUACUGUUUGAAGCACUGAUGACAUCUAUUAAACAAGACAAGAAUCAAGGAAUUAAACAGAGACAGAAUUAAAUUUGGCUCAAUUGAGGAGAGAGGUCUGGGCUGUACUCUUCUACAGUCUCCAGCACGCUCUGGCGAAAGAUUGUACUUCUCUUUUUGUUUGGACUUUCCCUGAUGACAUGGUAACAGCUGUUUCUAAGGGACGGGGGUCAUAAACAGCCAGCACCUUUGAUUACAACAGUUGAAAGAAAAGGUGCCUGCAUUCAUUUUGUUACAUAGGUUGAAGUUUUUUAUAUUGUGCUCCUGAGUUCAUUUUUCUGAUCAAUUUGAUGAAUCUAUCAUUAAUUAUUGCGGUAAUUUUUCCAGUUUCAAAUAGUUUUAUGAUGGUCAAAAGUUUAAACGAGGAUUUUUUUUUCCAGGCAAAAUGUUGUACAGUUAAAGAAUUAAAAACAGUGUUAAUAAAGUUAUUCUUUCUUGUAAAUUGA